UACGUUUCCUAGAAGGUAAAUAAUCUGCUGAUUGGUCUUUGUUAUCUAUUUACGUGUUAUGUAAAAUUGUGAAAUAGAAAAAUUAAGAUACAUUUUACACAAAUAUAGUCGAAAAUCUAAAACUAACCACUGCUUUUCGUUGUGUCACCUUACGUGGAGUUUCUAUUCACUUCUUGUUAAAUAAAUCGCGUACAAAAUGUCGAUGAACACGGCUCAUCAGGGCGGCGGCAUAUUACUAUAUUCGGGUGAAUGCAUACUUCUAUACGCGGAUAAUGUGAACGUAGAAUUCAACUCGAAUCCGGAACUGCCUAAUGGAACGAAAACUGGUACUCUUUACUUGACUACACAUCGAAUGGUGUUCAUAAAUAAGAACCAUACCGACAAAGUAAUAUCAUUCAGUUUCCCUUUCAUCACUUUACGAGAUGUUGAUAUCGAACAACCAGUCUUUGGAGCCAAUUACAUCAAAGGUAAAGUGCGCUCGCAACCGAACGGAAAUUGGAACGGAGAAGCAAAGUUUAAAUUGAUGUUUAAGAAAGGAGGAGCUAUCGAAUUCGGUCAAGCUAUGCUGAAAACUGUUCACAUGGCCACAGGUAAUGGUCCAGUUCCAGACGUACCUCCACCUUAUUCACCUCCUACAGGACCCUGGUAUCAAGCACCACCUCCCGCUUAUACUCCUCCAGCAGCCGGUUACUAUGGUUGGGUACCUCCUACACACGCAUUCCCUGAGCCACCACCUGCGAGUUCGGUAUAUAUGACGGAUAUGCCACCACCAUACCCAGGUAUUAAUGGUUAUAGCGGAUAUAACACGUCUUACGCGAACGCUACCGCUCCUCCGCCUCCGAUGGGAUUCUCAGUUCCACCAGAGUCUCAAAAUGGAAAAGCUUCUGAUGCUGCCCAGAGCGCUUAUUACGAUCCGAACAGGCCACAGUGUGCUUAUGUACCACCACCCUCGUAUUACGAACCGCCACCAUCUUACCAAAUGAACGGUGACAAGAAAACCCAAUGAGGAUCUACACUUACGAUGCUUAUUCAUUCCCUUUUUUAAAAAAACAAAAAAAAAACGAAAAAUCCUAUUUAACCAGAUUAUUUCUAUGCUUGAUUUUACUUAUAACGGUUACUUUUUUGUCAAAUUAUGCCGCGUGAAAUUGUAUUUCGCUAUAUUUUUUUUCUAUUAUUAUUUGUUCUUUUUUAUUAUAUUACUUAAUUCACACGAGAUAUUACGAUAAUUACCAAAACAUGAUUCUUUUGUUGAUAAAAUUUUUUACCAUAACUUACUUUUUUUCGUAAUACUCCAAUCAGAUCUUGAUAGCUUUACGGGAGUGCAAUAUUUCGUUCAUCUUUUUAUGUACGUUUCAAUGAUACUACGACGCAGAUUUAUAAUAGAAGAUAAGCAGAAUUGCUCAUUUACCAUCCUGAAACAGUUUAUAACAAAGAUAUGUAUGAAUAUUAUAUACUAUUUCGUAGUUGUCUAUUUAUAUUUACAAGUCGUUAUUUUUAAUAAAUUUUUCCUUUGUAUAUUAAAUAGAUCAUUUCUA